AUGCAAAGAAAAAACAAACGUCAGAAAUAUAGAAUAGUUUUCUUCUACCUAUUUAUUAUUAUUCAUGCAGAACAACAAGAAUAUAGGUUAUAUGACGUCUUGCUAACAUUUUUUCAAAGUCAGUGGCUUCAUUAUAAAAAGAAAAAAACGAACUUCCAAAGAAAGAAAGAAAAAAUAAUGAAUCACCUGACGAAAGCAAGUACAGUUAUAACAAAUUCAGAUUCAUCAACGACAAAUGAUGAUCAAACACCAUCAAUAGUUAAUAGUGAAAAAAUGCUUCUUUUAAAUGGAAAUAUAUCACAAGAACCAACAACACCAUGUGUAUUAAAUACACCAAAUACUUGUACAAAAAAUUCAACAUUUUUUUAUGAAAUUCCAUCUACUGUGCAUACAUCAACAUCAACUGCGUUUAUCCGUCAUUAUCAUUCAAUUGUAAUCGGUCGUUCAUUUGGUGUUAUUUCCGUUGACGAACUAGAAGCAGACACCCAAUCACCGACUGUCUCAGUACUUACUCAAUCAUUAGGACAACCACCACCUUCUUCAUUAUCAGAUUCAUCGUCUUCUAUUGAUAUAUUACCAUCUCAUCAAAAUUCUUCAAAUCAACUUUUAACAUCUUCAUCGUCAGUAUCAUCAUCUAUUCCAUCAAUAGUUGUUACUAGUAGUUCAACAUUAUCAAACGUUGUUGAUGUAUCGUCAACAUCGUCAUCAUCAUCGAAUAUCUAUGACGAUAGAAAAAUGCAAUUGCCACGUAGUUUAAUUAAUGAAAAUAAACCGUUUCCAUUAAAUUUACAAUUAAAAAAAUCUAUUCCACAUACAACAACAUCACCACCAUCAUCAUCGUCAAAAACAUUAAUUGAAAAUUCAAAUUUAAGUGAUACAAAUAAUAAAAAUGAUCAUGAUGUAGCAAGUGUUAAUGAUCAAAUUCAUACAUUAUUAACAUCAAAUCCAGUUGUUACAGAUUAUAGUAUCAAUCCAUCGAACAGUACAACAUCAGUAUCAAAUUCUCUAACAGUACCCUCAUCAACAUCAACAAAUGAAACAACAAUGAAUUAUGUUGAUCAAUCUCAUUAUGUUCCGUAUGGAACACAUCAAGCACCUCCGUCCUAUCAUGAAGCUGUAGUUAAGCCACCAACAUCUAUUAAUAAUUUUAUGCCAACAUUAAAUUUAAAUGGUACCGGUCUUUCAUAUGGUAAAACAACAGGAACAAAUGAUUGGACAACAACAUCAACAACUACAUUUAAUAUACAAACACCAUUAAUAUCAUCUUGUGUUAAAAAUGAACCACAAGAUUAUCCAACAACAACUGCUAAUGGUCAAGCAAUGCAAUUUGCUAAACCAAAAAAUUAUCCAAAUAGACCAUCAAAAACACCACUACAUGAAAGACCAUUUCCAUGUCCUAUUGAACAUUGUCCAAGAAGAUUUUCACGAUCAGACGAAUUAACAAGACAUAUUCGAAUUCAUACAGGAGAUAAACCAUUUCAAUGUAAAAUUUGUGCUCGAGCAUUUUCAAGAUCCGAUCAUUUAACAACACAUAUUCGAACACAUACUGGAGAAAAACCAUUUUCUUGUGAUACAUGUGGUCGUCGGUUUGCUCGAUCUGAUGAACGUAAACGUCAUGGAAAAGUUCAUCAAAAAACUCGUAAUACAAAUCUAAUUCAUCAUCCAUUAACAAAGUCACCACAACACUUUAAUUCAUUAACAAUUUUAUCUAAUAGUUUAAUUCCAAGUAUGAAUGAAGACGAUCGAACACAUGAUGAUAUGCCUGAUGAUAUUGAUGAUAGUUCAUCACAACAUAGUGCUAAUGAUUUAUCUGAACAACAACAACAUCAACAAUUUUUAUGUCAACCACAUCCAAUUCAUCUCUCUGCUCAUUGGGGAUGA